GUGCGCCGACAUUCCCCCGUUAACUAUGAGCCUCUUGAAUACAACUUCAAUCAGACCCCGUGGAUCCGAAACCUUAAAACUUUAUGUGGUAUUCGGAUUCCUUGUUACUGUGUUCGCUUCUAAUUCCAAAGACGACGAUGUCGACCCUCCGAUGUUGCCAUUCCCUCUUCCCAGACGUACUCCAGGGUUCGUUUUCAAUGGUGGAAAAUCUAACGCUGCGAUUCACUUAUCAGCAUUUCUUGAUCUCACUUGUGCUGACUCGAAGCGAGUUUGGCCUAUGAUUAAGAAACUUGCCAACAAGUAUGGACCAACGAAGAUUCGUCUGACAGUUCAUUUCUUCGCCCUCGCGUACUUUGACAACGCCUUCAGGGCUUUAAAGAGUGUGUUCAUAGUGGCAGCCUACAAUUCGUCUUUACUGUUCCCAUGGGUGGAUGAUGUUUUCAAAAACCAAGAUCAGCUCAAGAAUUCGGCGAGGACCUCGACAAUGAGCCCAGAGGAUAUUGUACAAGUUAUCACGCAGAUGGCAAAAAGAGCUGGCAUUCUCUCAAGGGUGAUGAGUGACGGACUAAGAAGUCAUGACAUCGAGUACGAGGCACGCAUGGCUUGGAAAUUCGCUUGUUCUAAGGCAGUGAUGGGAACACCUACGUUCUUUUUAAAUGACGUAUUUAUUGGAGGUGAUGCCUCAUCAAACUGGGGUGAAAAACAAUGGAAUGGGAUGAUUGACAAAAUUUUGACGUAAUGGACUGAAUUGAAGUUGACAUCUUGGCACGUCGACAGCUGCCAUAAUGAACUUAAAGUCUGCGAUCGUUUGAAUGUCGAGUGUGGUUCUUCGUUGGCUGAAUUAAGAGGGAACAGAUCUGGUUUGCUGGGGCAUAAAUAUCAGUGACUUGUUGCAAAUUCCCUUCCUUGCAAUGCUUGACAUCCCAACAUUGUUUCACGAUUGAUUAGUCUUGAACCAGUGGUAUUUUCGACUUUGUUUGUUUGUAUUCACUA